AUGCCGUCGCGGCGGCGCCGACGCGGCGACCUCGCCGUCGCGGCUGCGCUGCUGGCGACGGUGGCGCUGGCGGCCGUCGGAGCGGCCGGGGCCGACGGCGGCGCGGAGUUCGAUUACCGGAAGCUCUCGGGGAUAAUCAUCCCGGGGUUCGCGUCCACGCAGCUGCGCGCGUGGUCGGUCCUCGAUUGCCCCUACUCGCCCUUCGACUUCAACCCCCUCGACUCCGUCUGGCUCGACACCGCCAAGCUUUUAUCCGCGGUAAAUUGCUGGCUUAAAUGCAUGCUGCUUGAACCCUAUAAUCAGACAGACCAUCCGGAAUGCAAGUCAAGGCCUGAUAGUGGUCUUUCUGCAAUUACAGAGUUGGACCCUGGUUAUAUAACAGGUCCUCUCUCUUCAGUAUGGAAAGAAUGGGUCAAAUGGUGUGUAGAGUUUGGCAUUGAAGCUAAUGCAAUUAUCGCUGUUCCGUAUGAUUGGAGACUGCCCCCAUCAAUGCUUGAGGAGCGAGAUCUGUAUUUUCACAAAUUAAAGUUAACUUUUGAAAUUGCUUUGAAACUCCGAGGAGGGCCAUCUUUGGUAUUUGCUCAUUCGAUGGGAAAUAAUGUGUUUCGCUACUUUUUGGAAUGGUUGAAACUGGAAAUUGCUCCCAAGCACUAUAUCCAGUGGCUUGAUGAACAUAUACAUGCAUACUUUGCAGUUGGCGCUCCUCUUCUUGGAUCUACUGAAGCAGUUAGAGGUGCUCUUUCUGGAACAACUUUUGGUCUUCCAGUCAGUGAGGGCACAGCACGAUUGAUGUUUAAUGCAUUUGGUUCUUCUCUAUGGCUUAUGCCAUUCUCAAAACACUGCAAAGCUGAUAAUAUCUACUGGAAGCAUUUUUUUGAGGGAAAGGGAGGUUGUCCUCACAGACAACAAUGUGAUGAAGCCGAAUAUAUUUCAGACUAUGCCGGAUGGCCCACAGACCUUGUUAAUAUCGAGGUUCCUUCAGUUCGAGAUAUGGGGGCAUACCCAUCCAUCACGGAUAUAACCGAGAACAUAACAUCCAGUAUGGAGUGUGGAAAGCCAACUGUCCUGUCAUUUUCUGCCAGAGAAGUGUCAGAUGGUACUUUGUUCAGAACAAUAGAGGAUUAUGACCCUCAGAGCAAGGCACUUGUUUAUCAGCUUGAGAAGUAUUAUCAGGGUGAUCCAGUUCUGAACCCUCAUACACCCUGGGAGAGACCCCCAAUAAAGAACGUAUUUUGCAUUUACGGUAUUGAUUCAAAGACUGAGGUAGGAUAUUACUUUGCACCAAGUGGCAAACCAUAUCCAGACAACUGGAUAAUAACUGAUAUUAUUUAUGAGUUUGAAGGUUCCCUACUUUCAAGAUCAGGUAAUUCUGUUUCGGGAAAGCCUAACAAUUCCAGUGGUGAUGGAACAGUAUCCUACAACUCCCUCUCAUGGUGCAAGAACUGGCUUGGAGCAAAAGUGAACAUAACGAGGGCUCCACAGGCAGAACAUGAUGGAUCUGAUCUGCAAACAGCCAUGAAUAUCGAUCACCAUCAUGGCCAGGACAUACUACCAAACAUGACAAGGGCUCCGCAUGUGAAGUACAUAACCUACUAUGAGGAUGCUGAAAGUCUUCCGGGAUGGAGAACAGCAGUUUGGGAGCUUGAUAAAGCAAAUCACAGGAAUAUUGUUAGGACGCCAGUACUAAUGCGUGAGUUAUGGCUCGAAAUGUGGCACGACAUGCAUCCCGAUUCAAAAUCAAAAUUCGUGACGAAAGCUUUCCGAGGUCCGCUAAGAAACGAAGACUGCCACUGGGACUAUGGAAAGGCUCGAUGUGGCUUUCCAGAACACUGUGAAUACAGAUGCCGUGAGCUGAAUAAUAUUGUGGUUGCUCGUAUGGGAAUGAUAUUUGAUUUCCCAUUUUGA